AUGCAAAGAUCAAUAAUGUUCAGAUCUAACUUACACUACGGAAUCAGAAUGCUCCUCCAGAUUGAAUUCAUGCACAUCAGAUGGAGUUAAGUGUCUUGUUAAAGGAGCUUGUAAUAGUUACACAACUUAAGAGCUUGUAGUAGUACUGAAGGAUUCUGCUUCUGGGGUGCAACUGAUGCUUCUGGAAGUUGCAGAACCAAGAUCUGCUCUGAUAUUCCAGAUUGUAAAACAACCUAAGCUUGUUAAGUAGUUGCUAAUUAUGCUUCAAAUGAACCGCUUGUAUUGAUAAAGUUAACUGUUCAACAUACACUAGCAAGACUGCUUGCAGAUCCAAAGGAACUAAUGGUAUUUGUGUUUGGACUGAAACUACCGCUGGAGGAACUACAAAAGGAAAAUGCUCUUUGAUUACUAGUUGUGCUUCAGCAGCAGGUGAUACUAAUGCUUGCACAUAAGCUAAUGAUAUAUGUUAAAUGGACUCAAAAACUAAACUUUGUGCUGAUCACACUUGUCUUACAUAUGCUACUUAAAUCUAAAGUUGCAAAUACUUCUGCACUUUGGAUUAAAAUAAAUACAACUCUUGUUCAACAGUCAACGGUGCCUGCACUGCUACUAAAGCUGAUAUAUUAAAAGAAGGAGAUUGCUACACUUUGACAGUAUAUCUUUACUCACGGAAUCCAGCAAACCCUAAAUGUACUCAAUAUGGAACAAUUGUCGUACAACCGAACAAUCUGGCAAUAAGAAUUCAAGCACUGCUAACGAAACCAAUACAGAUUCUGGUUAUAUUCUUGAAUUUACCUCAAUUGUAGUCGGACUACUCAUGUCCUCUUGAUUUUGAUUAUUGA